AUGAACCGCUUUCUUACUGCCAUUCGCCCACUCUCACGUGCCAUUGUCCGUCCACAGUUUGUCUCUCAUCCAACAUGUGUUCGUUUCUUUAGUGCACAGACUUUUUUGGACCGUAAUGAAGUGAGUGAACGUGUCCUUGGUGUUGUCAAGAACUUUGAAAAAGUGAAUCCAGAUAUUGUCAAGGAAAAUGCGAAAUUUCAAGAAGAUCUGGGGCUGGAUUCCUUGGAUGUUGUGGAAGUUGUCAUGGCUAUGGAAGAAGAAUUUACAAUUGAGAUUCCAGACAAUGAAUCGGAGAAACUAGUGACUCCUGCUCAAGUUAUUGACUAUAUUGCGUCCCAUCCGAUGGCCAAGUAA